UCUUUAGUACUUGGCAUCGAGCUUGGAAGAACAUUUUCCCGUGCUGGAGUUUACAGAGACAAUGUCUUUGAGAUUAUUGCUGACGAGGAAGGCCGCACCUUCGUGCCGUCUUACGUUACAUUCGUCCAAGAUGGAUCCCCUUUGAUUGGAUAUUUCGCCAUGGAGAAAUCCGCAGAUCAUAGAGAAAAUACGAUCUAUGAUAUCAGCCUUCUGCUGGGUCAGCAACUACCAGAUUCAGAUUUAGAAAAAAUCAUUAGUGGUCUUCCAUAUACCAUUAUCGAGAAAGACGAAAAACUUAUGAUCAAAGGGAUACUGGGAGGCCAAGACCACUACUUCGAACCUGAAGAGAUUGCAGGGUUGAUUAUCGGGAAGCUGAAAAACAUGGCGGAAGCUCAUCUUGGAUGCUCUAUUGGGCUGGCUCUAUUUACGGUUCCCUCGGAGUUCAACGACAUUCAGCGACGAGCCGUCAAAGAUGCUGCAGACUUUGCAGGAAUAGAACUAGUGAAAACGAUCAAUGAGUCAAUAGCUACAGGUCUAGGAGACGGAUUGGAUUUUCCAGUCUACGCAUACAACCCUACCCACGUUCCAGAACACUACAUAUUCUACCAUCUUGAUGACAAAGACUCGAGCCUGGCACUAAUUUCUGUGAACAUGGGUAUUCUCAAGGAAAUCGCGGUAGUUAGAAGUGCGAGUGUGAGUGGGAUGCUCGUAGAGGAACAUUCCUCCUAUAGCAAGAUUUUCCCGGAAAAGGCUGUUGGGUUAGUGCGAGACCUUCUGCAACAAGCCAAUAUCAACAUCACUCAGAUUGACAGCCUAAUAUUCGCUGGUAAUUCUGCCACGGUAGCACCCGUCGAAGAGGCUAUCGAGUUAUUCCUCGGCAAAAAGGCACGUUCCACAGAGAAUACUUGGAAAAUCCCAGUGAUAGCCGAAGACGCGAUCUUACGUGGAGUCUCAAUUCAAGCUUCUUUGCAGAAAGAGUCUGGAGCCAAUGCUGGAUUCUACUGGGAUAAUUGGGUUGCCGUCGACCUCGGUGUUGAAAUGAACCAAGGGGUUUUCGCAACAGUUCUGAGAAGAGGUGGCUACAGGAAUCGUGCUACAGGAACCUUCGUAAUAACAGUGGACAAUCAGGAGAAAGUGUUGAUCAAGGUCUAUGAAGGUUGUAGGAAAAUGGCCAAGGAGAACGAGCUUCUUGGUACUGUGGAGAUUCUAGGCCUCCCAUUCCAGCCGAGAGGUGAGUUGGAGAUCGACCUCACCUUCAUGGUGGAUUCGGGAUCCUUCUUAACGGUGAUUGCGAAAGAAAAGGAGACUGGAAGGGAGGGAAGCUUAGAAGUCGCCUUGCCUUCCCGAGAAUACACCCAGGAUGAUAUCCACAAGAUGAUUCAGGAAGGAGAGCUUCACACGAGAGAGGAUUUGCUAUUCGUUCGCGCCAUCGAUUACGGAACAAAUGUUCACGGAGAAUAUGAGGGCGGUGUGAUGCCGAAAGGCGGUAAGCUCAUUGGAGUAGACUUGAUGGAUUCACUUCUUGAUGAAGAAAUCGCCAGUUUGGGAUUGUGA